GUAGAGUAAAAAUAAGUACAGUACAGUCCAAACAACUCCCAACGAGUCGCGAAUGGAUCUGGCUGGAAAUGUGGGACUGGGGAGGGACGGGUGACGGGUGAUGCACACAGACUGUCAUUCCGACCGAAUUCCGAAUUCCGAUUCCCGAUUCCCCAAUCAUGCGGAGCCCGCGUGUGGUGCUCCAAGAUACACCCCCCGCGACGUCCGCACUUAGGGUUUCGUUCGUUUCGAUGUGUGUGAUCUCAGCGACGGCAGGACCCUCUCGCGCCAGCUGGCGGAAGAGCCCUCUUGCGCCAGCUGGCGCCAGCGACGGAUCAUCGUGAUUGCAUCGUGCGCCAGCUGGCGCAUCAACAGCGCCACCCGGGCAGAGAUCUAGUAUAAAAUUCGUUCGGUAAAACCGCAUUUCGUAGUAGGAGAGGAACCGCGACUCCGCGGGCAAUGCUGCGAUGCAUGAUCGCUGCCCCCAGCGGGCUCCGGCUUCCCCACUGGAAAGGGGCGCGCAGUCACUCCCGCCGCAGCAAUCGGCGGUCAACGCAGUCAACGCGGCGGUCAACGCGCAGCACUCGGCCAACGCAUUCAACGCGGCCGUUAAUCGUGCACAACAGUCGCCGGUCAACGCGCAGCAGUCGGUCGAUGCAGUCAACGCGGCGGUCAACGCCUUCAACGCGGCCCAUGCCGCGCCGAGUUCACUAGGGGCAGGGAGCGGCGGGUACGGCUCGCUCGGAAUGCCGUACGAUCAGUUCCGCGACAUCCAGCGACUAUGGGAGUCGCAGGGGUCGCAACGUGCUGUGGCACAACAAGACGCCAGGACGAACAACGGUCUCCAGGGGCAAUCAACUGGGCCCUUUGGCGGAAAUAUCUCCGGGGGGGGGUUAUUCUCUCCGUCAGGGGGUAUGGUGGGCGGAAGGGGUGGCGGAAUGGCGGGGGUAGGCAGUGUUAGCGGAAGCAUUGGCGGAAUGCAGGGCGGAGUUUCCGCGUUUGCGCUGCCUGGCGGAUUAAGCGGGGCUCCAGGCGUGGGGGGCGGAAGAAUCUCCGGAGGUGCAGUAGCAGGGGGAGGGGGAGCGGGAGGAUCGUAUAACGGGGACAGGGCAACGAUAGGCGCAGGGAUGGCGGGGGGAAGGCUGGAGAGACUACUGGCGGAGGCGUUACUCGGGGGAGGGCCUUUCCAGAUGCUGGCAGGGGGAGGUGCUUUCCAGCACUCUACAGCUCCCCCGGUUUCACCUACAGGCAGGGAGGUGGGAUCUGGUGCAGGCGGCAACUUGGCGUUACUGGAGCUGCUGACAAUGUCAGGCCUGUCUAACAACCGCACAGUACCGAGCAGCACCGGGAGCGGCUACCAUAGUAGUGCUAACCCACUAAACAGCACUAACCUGACUUACGCUGGUACAGGGAACUCACCACAGUUUUUUGGCGGGCAGCCCGGGCAGGUGGCAACGAAUUCCGACUCCAGAACCCCGAAUCCCGGGCAGCAAGGAACAAGAGGCUGGCUUGGCCCUGCGGGGUUGGGGGGGUUGAACUUGGAGGGGGGGUCGGGGGAGGAGGAGGAUGGGGGGGAUGGUGGGCCUCGCACCAGCACCAACGCCAAAGGGCAGUGGAGCCCGGAGGAGGACGACAUUCUGAGGCGCCUGGUAGAGCGGGGAGGGGCGCGGCGCUGGUCCGCCAUUGCCGCGCACCUAAAGGGGCGCGCGGGGAAGCAGUGCCGCGAGCGGUGGCAUAACCACCUGAAGCUGGGAAUCAAGAAGGACGCGUGGACGGAGGAGGAGGAGGAGACGUUGAUUGAGGCGCAUAAAAGGGUGGGGAACAAGUGGGCGGAGAUUGCGAAACUGCUCCCCGGGAGGACGGAUAACAACGUGAAAAACCACUGGAACUCCACUGUGCGGCGAAAGGAAGACGUGGGGAGGUGCGGGGGGAAGGCGAGGGCAGGGGAAAGGGAACCACCAGCUGGGGAAGCCGUAGUGGGGGUUGGGCACUUGGGAUCGACGGCAGACGAGAGAAAGGCAGGAGGGAAGGGAGAAGGAGAGGAGAGGCCAGGAGAGACGGUGAUUGGGGAGAAGGAAAGGGGGGAGCGGAUGGAGUUGGGAGGUAGGGGAGGAGAAGGGUCAACGGUGGGUGCAGCAGCAGCAGCAGCAGCAGCACAGGGGGGCGGCAAUGGCGUAGGGGAAGGCAACGAUGCUGCUAGGGGGGGGUCAGAAGGGAGGAGGGAGGUGAGGCGGUGUCAAGUGGAGGGAGAGAGGGGGACGCGGAUGGAAGAAGAGGAGCGACCUGUAGGGGAGCGGACAGCUGAGGGGUCAAAAUCAAAAUAUGGCGGGAAGAAGGAAGGGAAGGAGAGACGCGAGAGGAGGAGAGCAGGAGGAAGGACAACCAAGGGCGGGGACACAGGUGAAACGGCGGCAGAAGAUACCGCCAUGGAGAUCGAUACUGACCGUGUCAUCUCCCGCAGUAGCAGCCUUCCCCGGUGGGGCUCAUCAGCCGCAGAAGGGGCAGCAGAUGCAGCAAAAGCAACAGCUAGAGCAGCAGACACGGCAGCAGCACAACCAGCGUCAGCUAGAGCCAAAUCCGCAGCUGCAUCUUCCACACUUUCCCAUUCCUCAAGCGACCUUCCGCUCUCCCCUCCCCCCUCCCGUCUCCCCCGCAAAGCGUUCUCCCUCCCCCGCGCCCCCCCCUCCCGCCUGUCCUCCUGGCCCCCUUCCCGCUCCCUCCCCACAGCCACUGCCACCACUGCUGCUGCUGUUGCCUCUGCCGCUGCUGCUGCUGCUGCAACAGCUACUGCUGCUGGGGCGAACGUAUCUACUCUGUCAAACAGAGUAUCUGGCGUGGCUACGGCAGGGGAGAGGGACAGGGAGACAAGCGCAUGGCUACAGCACGUCCCUGUGGUUGACCCUGGGAGGCAGCAGCCAAUCGAGGGAUACACCUCUUUGGGGCAGGCGCCUUCAGCCCAAGCCUCUCUAGGACAAUCGGCGCUAGGAGGAGGAGGAUUGUCUGCGGGGCAACUAUCGCUAGGCCAAUCCUUGGGUGAUCAGCGGGAUUUGGCGAGGGCUAUGCUACAGCUGGACGCGCUUUCCUCAGCAGGCCUCCUCAUGGGCCUCCCUGCCGCUGCUACCGCUGCUGCCGCUGCCGCUGCUGCUGCUGCUGCACCGCCCUCCGCUCCCUCUGCUGCUCCUUGUUACUCUGCUCCCACUCGCGCCCCCUCUCCCUCCCCCUCUACUGUCUCCUCUCCCCGAUCCGCCCCUUCUUCUCGCCCUCCGCUUCCUCCCUUUCCUGCCUCAGCACCGCACUCCACUGCAUUCCAUCGCUCUUUCUCCACUCCUCAUGGCAACAACCCCAGUUUCUCCCACACCCCAUCAACUCUCCCCAAUCCAUCCCCCAUUCCCUCCUUCCAGCCUCUUAGUCCCUACCUACACUCCUCCUCCUCCCUUCCUCUCUCCAAUCCUCCCUCCUCCCUUCCUCUCCCCUCCUCCUCUUCUGCACUCGCCAGUCACCCCCUCCCUUGCCUCUCUCGCUUCGCCACUGUGUCUGCCUCCGACCAAUCAGCAGCCGGCGCCUUGGCCGGCCGGGCAGCUGAAAUUGCGAGUGGAGUGCAAAACCUUUUUGAUGCUCUCAUGCGCUCCGAGAUCCUCCCCGCCUCCCCCUCUCCUUCACUCACGCUUCAGCCAUCUACUUCCGAAGGGGCUCAUAGAUCCACACAAAUGCCCCAAUACUCACACGCCCCCCUCUUCUCCUCACAGCCCCCCCUCUUCUCCUCCCUUUCCCUACCCCUGUCCUCCUCUGCCUCUCUAUCUGGGGCAAGGAGGCCAGGAGCAGCAGGAGGGGAGGUAAGGGCGUCCAGUGUUCCGACCGGGGGACACAGAGUGGGAGGCGGUUUGUGGGUUGGCACCAGUGGCAGCACCAGCUGUGGCAGUAGUGCUGCUGCUGCUGCUGCCUGUGCUGGUGGGGAUGCGGCUGCUUCUGGCAAUACUGGCAGCGCUCUCGUCAUCGGGACAGGGGGCGUGUUGCUUCCUUCUCCACCGCUCCAGCAAACUCGUACUCCUCCUUUUCCUCCUGCAUCCGCCGCCGAUGGCGCUGAUAGCGGUGCUGCUGCUUUUGCUGGUGGUGGUAAUCCCGGCACGGCAGCAGGGAGAGGAGGUACCUUUGUUCACCUGCCCGAUUCCUCUCAGCUGCCUGAUUCCCCUCAGCUGCCCGAUUCCUCUCAGCUGCCCGAUUCCUCUCAGCUGCCCGAUUCCUCUCAGCUGCCCGGUUUUUCUCAGCUGCCCGGCUUUUCUCAGCUGCCUGAUUCCUCUCAGCUGCCCGAUUUCUCCCAGCUUCCGAAAUUCUUGACACAAGAGCAACUGGCUCUACUGAAAAAGUGGCUCGAGGGGGGUGGUAGCGGCAUUGGCAUGCAAGGCCAGGGGGGAUCAAAGGUGACUACUGGUGCACCUGGUGACUUGGGCACGACUUGUGACCUGAUUCAGAAGCCAGCAGAGGGGUUUUCUGCCGCUGCAGCAGUGGGACCUUCUGCGGCUGCAGCUGGCGCCCCAGAGGGGACCCUCAGAGCUCCUCAGGACACAACGGGGAUAGGGGCAGGGUGCUUUCGGACUCCUCGAGGCAGACCGGCGGUAUCAGCUACAGGGCAGGGCGCUACAGCCGUUACUGCACCUGAUUUUGUGUCGACUCAAAGACAGACUCCUCGAGACAGGCUGGCAGCUUCAGCUAGAGGGCAGGGCGCUACAGCCGUGAGUGCACCUGAUGCCUUAGGGGAUUGUUUCAAGGUUCUUCAAGACACAGCAGGGAAGGGGGCAGAGAGCUUUCGGACCCCUCAGGACAGACUGGCGGCUUCUGCCGCUGCUGCUGCGGGUGAGGAGGUUCAAAGCGAGGAGCGAAGCGAGGUCCAAAAUCUGCAGCGCAGUGAGCUAGAGAAGGGGUCCCAGAAAUGCCAGCAGCAGCAGCUGCAGCAGCGGCCGCAGCCGCAGCAGCAGCAGCAGCCGCAGCCGCAGCCGCAGCCUCAGGAGGAGGAGGAGGAGCGGGAGCAAGAGCAGCAGGAACGAGGGGAAGCAGCAGCAGCUACUGCAAUGGAUGUUGACGAUGCAGCAAAGCCUGGCACGUGUGGUGGAGAGAGCGAUGCCAACGAGAACGAGAGCGCGAACGGGGGAGGUGGUGUUGAGAGUUCGAGGGCAGUGCGACCGGCAGAGAAGGAACAGGCAAGGACGGAGCAGGAAGCAGGGAGCAGAGCAGUGAGGGGCGGAGGUGGGGCCGUGAAGGGAGGGGGGCCCAUGGAGGGUGGUGGGGGCAGGGAGGACGGUGGGGGCAUGCAGGGAGUCAGGAACCCUGUUGCUCGUCGAAGCUCCAGCGAUGAUGGCAGGCCAGGUUCGGAAACAGGUUUGGAGAGGAGAUCCCCUCGCCCGGAGCAGCUGCUGGUGGUUCGGCGAUGGAAUUCCGGGAGAAUAGGCAGUGGAACGGAAAGGGGGAGCUUGAGCAGCUGUCGAUCUGGAACGUUGAUUUCAAAGAAGCGGCCAAUCACAAGCGUUGAUCCGAGCACCCCUAGUCCGCAGCAUCAGAGGGAGCUGAAUCAGCAGCAGGUGAAACCACACAUAUCACAACUGUACCAUCAACAUGAGCAGCAGCAGCAGCAGCAGCAACACCAACAGCAGCAGCAGCAGCAGCCGCAGCAGCAGCAGCAGCAGCAGCAGCAGCAGCAGCAGCAGCAGCAGCAGCAGCAGCAACACCAACAGCAGCAGCAGCCGCAGCAGCAACAGCAACACCAACAGCAGCAGCAGCAGAAACAGCAGCAGCAGCAGCAGCAGCAGCAGCAGCAGCUGCUGCAUGAAAAGGCCCAACAAAGCGAAAACCAGGACGCCCCACCUUCAAGACCCAUGCGCAGCCGUCCCAUGCUCAGGCGAAGCGUGGCAGGGCCCCUACCAGGCGCGCCUGUAGCAGUCAUCGACGGCACAAUCCAAUUGGUCGGCGAUCUCUCUCUCUCUCUCGACUCCUGCGGUAACUUCCCUCCUCCCUCCUCCAUCUCCACUUCCUCCUCCCCUCACCCGCUCUCCACCUCGGCUCCCUUCCCCACCCGCGGUGCCGCCCCCCUCUCUUCCAACCCCCUCGUUUUGUCUGCAUCGCCCCAUCCCAGCCCGUCCCCUGGCGCGGCGGCUCGGCCUUGGGGUAUGAAGUCACCAUUACCAGGUGAAGCACCUCAAGAGCCGUCUCCCAAGGUGGCAGCUCGGCCUUGGGGUAUGAAGUCACCAUUGCCGGGCGAGGCGGUUCAAGAACCGUCUCCUGGAGCGGCGGCUCGGCCUUGGGGCGUGAAGUCACCAUUACCGGGUGAAUCACAAAAACCUACAUCGGCGUUUAAAGCACCUCUGGAGCCGUCUCCCGGUGUUGCCGCCCAGGCUUGGGGCAUGAAGUCACCCUUACCAGGUGAGUCCAAGGAUGCUGCAGUGCCUUCAUCCUGGAGUGAAGCUCUCAAAGCUAAAGCAGGUCUUGCAAAGGCAGCAGGGCCUGCGUUGCCUAUGGAUCAGCCCAGGCUAGACUUGAUGGGGGAAGGUGGUGAUAGCACGCCGCAGGGAGCAGAAGGAGCAGAAGGAGCAGCAUCGCCAGCUGCUGUUCGUGCAGAAUCAGCAGUAGCAGCUGAAGUUUCUCUCGAGUCGAGUCAAAAGUCGCCUGCAGGAGUAGCGGCAACAGCCUGGGGUGCAGAUGGUGUGGCACGGAGAGAGGCAGCAGCUGUCGCACAGGUGGUUAGGCAGGAGGUCGAAACGGCUGCUGCUGCUGCUGCUGCUGGAGGAACAGGAGAAGGGGGGAGAGUCUUAGCAGAGGGGGGCACGGCACUCGAUGGUGCCAUAGGAAGGUCAAACAGCUUGGCCCGUAGAGAGGGAGCAACGCCAGCACUAGCAAGACCGCCAGCACUAGCACCAGCUCCUCCAUCUGUGUACCACGUGAGCCCAGCCAGUCCAGCCAAGCGCACCCUCCGGCACAGCCAGUCAGCUCGCCUUCCUCCUCAGGACCGCCCACGAUUCUCCCCUUUCCUCCGGAGCUCCAGCUUCGGCUGCCGGACCGGAGCACCAGGUUCGACCCAAGACGGAACGGGAGCAAGGUUGGAAGAUUCGGGUUUGGGAGCGGGAAAUAACGGGGCUCAACCAAACCCGUUGGAGGGGUCAAAGGUUGAAGGGACAAGGGAAGCUGUGUGGUCCAAGUGGUCCGGCCGAGAAUGGAGUGGGAGAGGAGGGGGGGGUCAGCUUGCGAGCGUGAGCGAAAACAAUACGAAUCAGGCCAUUGUGAAUGAGAGAGACGUUAUUCACUAUGGAGCAAGAGACGGUGAGGCCUCGGGAGGCAAUGCGGGGGAUGGCGGUGGUGCAGCUGGUGCUGGACUCGCUGCUUCUCUUGGUGUGUCUGUGAGUGGCGGAUGUGGUAUUGAGGAUGAGUGCGGAGGAGAGGGCAGAGGGUGGAGGGACCUGGCGGCACUUAUGCAAGCGCAGGAGGAACAGCAGCUGGAUGGGCAAGGGCAGCAUCUACGGCACGGGCAGCAGGAUAGUCAGCAGCAGCAGCAGCAGCAGCAGCAGCUGGAGGAGCAGCAGGAGGAGGAGGAAGAGGAGGAGGAGGGGCAGGAAGAGGAGGAGCGGGCACCAUCAGCAGCACCACAACAGCAGCAGGAGGUGCCAGAGCAGGAGGUGCCAGAGCAUGAGGUGCAGGCACAUCACGAGGUGUAUGAGUACAUGGGCGUGCAGUCAAGCCUCUCCGUUUUCACCAUCAGCCGCAGCAGCAGCAGCAAGCUGUGCGAGCCACCCUCUAAUCCCCCUGCCCAGCCACCCUCUGCCUUGCUCCAUGAUUUCGACCCGCAGCAGCUUGUUGCAGCAGCAUCUGAAACGCCCGAACUGGCCCCACAACCAACAGACGCAGCAAUGGCAGAAGGCCUGUCGGUAGCAGAUGGCUCAGCAGCAGCAGCAGUGGCAGAGCCUAUUGCACCUCUUCACGAGGCAACGAUUGGACCCAUGAGUACACCUGUUGAACAUGACCCAGAGGCUAUGGCUCAUGGCGCAUCCCGCAAUGGUCCUGAUGUGGCAGCCGGACCCACACCUUGCUCUGCUGCACUGGCUGCUUCUCCUGCUGCUGCUUCUUCUGCUUCUUUAGCGCCCUCACCCAUCGCAGCAUCUCCAGGCACAGACACUACGCCCAACACCACCAAUGCAGCCUCAUUCGGUGUUGCUUCUCCCGUGGCUACCUCAGCCUCGGCUGCCUCUGUUCCCCGUGCCUCACCAUUCGGCCCAAGUCCCACUGGUCUCUUUGCUUCGCAGUGGACUCUCCCCGACCUUCCCCACAACACUUACGCAAACCAGCACAUCCCAGCCGUUCCGAACCUUCCAGACGUGCUGCCGAACCUCCCGAAUGGCCCACCGAACCUUCCGAACGUACCUGACUUCACUCAUCCUUCCAUGUCUGACCUUGUAGCAGGGUGGUUUUCAGGUGCCAGUCCAGGUGUGACUAUGCAGCAAUGGGGCUCUAUGGGAGGGUUAGGCACAGGGAUAGGAGCAAGCCCAGGUGUGACUGUACAGCAGUGGGGCAGUAUAGGAGGGGUAGGCUCAGGCAUCGGAGCCAGUCCGAGUGUGACUAUACAGCAGUGGAGCUCAAUGGGAGGGAUGCGCCCAGGAGUAGCAGCCAGCCCAGGUGUGACUAUAACGCAGUGGGGCUCGAUUGCAGGUGCCAGCCCAGGUGUGACUGUACAGCCAUGGGGCUCUACAGAAGGCGCAUCGGCAGUAAGGGCAGCAGCUGGGGCCGCUGGAGGGUCUGUUACUGCAGUGGCGGCAGGUGCCAGCCCAGGUGUGACUGUACAGCCAUGGGGCUCUAUUGAAGGGGCAGCAGGGCCAGGAGCAAGCCCCUCCGGAAUAAAUCAGCAGACUUGGAGCUCCACAACAGUACCUGCAGCAGCAGCAGCUGUUGCAGCAGCAGCAGCAGCUGUUGCAGCAGCAGCAGCAGCAACAAGUGGGGGAGCAGGUGCAGGAACAGGACCAGCAGCAAGGGGCAUAACACCAGCCACAGCGCCGGCAGCAGCAUCAGCCACCCUACCGGGUCUGGGGUUGUCUCUGGAGCAGCUGCUGCAGCAGGUGAAUCCAUCCUCGUUACAAGACGCGAGUUCGAUAAUAGACGCACUCAGCUUCCAAGCUUCUGUCGCCGCUUCAGCUGGACACCUCGGAUUUCCGUUCUCUACUGCCAGUAUGCCCACUUCACAAGGUCCAGCUGGUGGAGGUACCAUCUGUGCAGGUUCUACUGCUCCUGCACCAGCUGCCACCACUGCCCCUGCCGCUGCUGCUACUGCUGCAGCUUUCCCUGCUGCUAGCACUGCUAAUGCUGGAGGCAAUGGUUUUGCUAUGGAGGAAUCGGGUGCGGCUUGUGAGCCCAUGGAGCUGUAGACACAGUCGUAGACAUGGGCUGUAGCACCCCCUCUUAGUGGUGCAUGCCUUAUUGCAUCCUGAUCCCGUGCACCAGGACAUUCAAAUAUAUUUCCUGUGACAUGAUAUGCCAUGGCAUGUCGUGCCGGUGGCUCGACAUUGCAUUGCUUUCCUGUGCAUUGCUAGAGCGUAGUGAGUUGACUGUACCAUAGCCUCCGUUUGUGACUGUCUCACCCAUUGCUUGCAACACACGUUAAGGCACUGUCAGU